AUGAAACUCGCCCUCAUCUUCAUUGUAUCAUUUGCGACUAUUUAUGUCGCCAGUUCAAGACUGCUCAGUAGUACAGAACAAUUAGUGAAUCGUCCAGAAAUUAAUCUACUUAGACGAUUAGUUAAACGUCAAGCAUAUAAUGAUCCAAAUUGUGAUCGUCGUGCUUGUGCUGUACCCAAUUGUGGUAAAGACUAUGUAGCAACAACCUUACAAGGUGAAUGUUGUGAAAGAUGUGUACCAUGGGAAUAUGCACGAAGCCUUGGAAUUCCAUAUACACAAGGUUCUCAAGGUCCACAAGCACAACAGAGUUAUCGACCUCAACCACAACCACAACCACAACCACACUAUGAUCCAUACGCUCAACAACCACAACAACAACAAGGUGUUGAUGUAUACAUAUACGGACCUGAUGAGGGAGCUCGUGUAUCUUCCGGACAAGGCAUUUAUUUUGAUUGUGAAGUUAUUGCACCUUAUAAUCAACAUGCUCAACCACGUUGGUCACGAGGUGGAAAUCAACCAUUACCACAUAAAGCACAAAGCACAGUUCUCUCUGGUAACCGAAAGCUUGCACGUCUUACCAUUCCUGAUGCUAAUCACGGUGAUGCUGGCCGAUAUGUAUGUAGUGCCGGUACAGGUAAUCCAAGAGAUGAAACUUCCAUCGAUUUACAAGUCACUGAUGGUGGUUAUAAUCCUCGACCACAACCCACACCCGCACCAUAUCCAGCACAACCAAACUAUCCUGGUUACGAUCAAUAUAACCAACCAGGUUAUUAUCCACAACCCCAACCCCAACCUCAACCACAACCAUCAUAUCCAGCUGCUGAUAAUAAUGACGAUGGUGAUGAUGAUGAUAAUAAUGAUGACGAUAACCAAGAACCAGCAAAUGAACCAGCAACACCAGCACCAGCAGCUCAAGAAGGUGGUGAUGGAGGUCAAGACGACGGCGAAUACCCAGAAGAUUACACUGAAAAUGAAAAAUAA